GGGAGGGAAAAACAAACUCCGCGGGAGCCAGGAAUGAUUCCAAGGAAAGGCACAAGGAGGAUAAAUAAGCACCAAGGCUUUUAGGAAAACAAGGGGCUUACAGGGGAUGUGGCACGAGCCUGGGAGGUGAACUCCAGGAAGGAAGGAGCCAGAGGGUGUGUGUUCUGUAGCUCCCAAGUUUUUGCAUCCACUUGGCUUCAAAUAAGACAAACAUGUUUUAUUAACUGCGAAGAGACACCGACUGAUAUGGACACUGAACCGCCUACAACAGGAAGGGAACCUUCCCUAUUAGAGCCUCGUUUACUUUACUCUUAAAAAUAACAACGCUGACCCCUUCGGCCAUCUGUGCCGGGAGGUUCAGUCUAGGCUGUCAUUGUUAGCAGCACAGAAACUUCCCUCCAGCCUUUCGGUGCAGGCAUUCUGCGUUGCAACCUGUAAUAAUCCCGCGGGCAGAGUCCCUGCAACUUCUUAAUUAGCUUAAAAUUCCCAGAAGAAACAAUUCUUUCUUAACGGAGAUCUGUGAAUUAUUCUGUGAACACAGAGGAGAACUACAAGUGAGGCGGCACUGACUCUUGCUAACAGUACAGAAGAGCAGGGCUGAAUGCGCACAGGACCCUGAAUGGCAGCCAGGAGCCAAGGGCUCGGCGGCUACGUCAGAGCCCCGCCGGGGCUGUUUAGGACUUUGCGCUGUGUGCAAAGUCCUAAACAAGAGUCCCAGCUUCCUGGAUGGGCUGGCUCCCCGCUCGACUGCCAGCCCAAGGCAGGACCUGAGGUCUGAGCUCUGCCCUGUCUGUACGAUGCCAAGAACGCAGCUCUGAGCUGACUGAGAGUAACACUUUCCUGGAGCAGAAAUCUGAUAUCCAACACUCUUGGCCUUGAACAAAAUGGAGGAUUUAAAAUUUGACGGCACGGAGCGCCUGGCUGUGGACUACGUGGAGGGGAUUCUGCAGCCCACGCCCACCUGUGACACCUGGGACCAGAUCUGGAACUUCCAAGCCAGGCCUGAUGAUCUGCUCAUUUCCACCUACCCGAAAGCAGGAACAACCUGGACGCAGGAGAUCGUGGACUUGAUACAAAACGAGGGUGAUAUUGACAGAAGCCAGCGGGCACCUACUCACAAGCGAUUCCCCUUCAUCGAGUGGAAAAUCCCAGGCCUGGAAUCUGGCUUGGAACAAGCUAAUGCAAUGCCCUCACCACGUUUCCUGAAGACGCACCUUCCCAUCCACUUGCUGCCACCAUCAUUCCUGGAGAAAAACUGUAAGAUAAUCUACGUAGCAAGAAACCCCAAGGACAGCAUGGUGUCUUAUUACCACUUCCACAGGAUGAAUAAAGGGCUUCCUGCUCCAGGAACCUGGGAAGAGUACUUUGAGAGUUUUCUGGCUGGGAACGUGUGCUGGGGCUCCUGGUACGACCACGUGAAGGGAUGGUGGGACGCCAAGGACCAGCACCGCAUCCUCUACCUCUUCUACGAGGACAUGAAGAGGAACCCAAAGCAUGAAAUUCAGAAGCUGGCAGAAUUUAUUGGAAAGAGCCUAGAUGAUAAAGUUCUGGAUAAAAUUGUCCAUUACAGUUCAUUUGACGUCAUGAAGAAGAACCCAAUGGCAAACUACACGUCGGUUCCAGCUGAAUGCAUGAACCACUCUAUUUCUCCAUUCAUGAGAAAAGGGGCCGUGGGAGAUUGGAAGAAUCACUUCACUGUGGCCCAGAACGAGAGAUUUGAUGAAGAUCACAAGAAGAAGAUGGCUGACACCACUCUAACUUCCCACUUCCGAUUCUUGUAAGGAAGAAAAAGAACCAGAGUCCAUCAGUGUGAAAGCUGAUUACCCCGACCACGUGAUACUGGAUUCAGGUGGUCAGACUAGUGCUCCUUGUGUUUGCUUUUGUUCACCCUAAAAAAAGUGACAGGGCUAUCAGAGGUCAGGGCAAGGUGGAGGGUGGGCAGGGUGGCAGCGUGAAAACCAUGGCCUCAUUGCUAAUUAUCAUCACAUGUCAGUUUUCCACAGAUCGUGCGCUUGUUAAUGUAUUAAAAAUGCUUCGGUCAUCACACAAAAACACACUAAAAUUUACAGAUUAAGUUCAAGCCAAUUUUUAAAUGCAGCACUAAAAUGUGUAAACAGUUACUUCUAGCAAUUUCUUGGUAGCCAAGUAACCAUCAGGUGACUCUGUUUCUAAGUCACUCCAGUGCAUCCACCCCAGCCUCUCACCACAGCCUCUACAUUUAACGGGACUCGCCCCCCCAGCCCAGCCGCGCUGCAAUCCGUCCCGGCCUCCCAUCUUAACCUCCCUCCCUCCAGCGCCUCUGCUAUCCUGCUCUAAUCCAUCAGCAACAUCCGUCGGUUUUACUUGCAGGAAGUCUCAUCUCUACAGCCAUCCCCCUGGUUCAGAAGCCUCUCCCUCUUGCCUAUAAGCUACCUAACUCAUUUCUCUGUUCAUCAUACAUCUGCCAAGCUUGUUUUCCCACAACAAGACUCAUUACAUUUCUCUUUAGCUCAGAACCCUUCAAUGAUUCUGAAUGUUCGCUGCCUAGAAGAUAAAUCCCAAGCUUUUUAGCCAUCAAUUCAAAGGCAGCUACAACCGUAUGACACGGUUGACUGACCUUCCAAACCACCUUCCAGCUGGAUUUCAUCCUGCCAACCACCCUCCUUGCCUCAGCGACGAGUCCCCGCGCUGGGCCCGAGCGCAUCUUACAGGUUCCCAGCCAAUGAGUUUCACUUUCACCCCACCUCCUCCUGACACCUCCUUUCCUUCCUUCCUACCCAUCCAAAGCAAAGACAACAAGUCCAAUAACCAGCACAGGUCUCCCAUCUUCCUACAGAUACUGCAACCUGAAGGGACCAGCUGCUCUUCUGCAGUCCUUUACACUUAGCGUGAUUCUUCUGUGAUUAAGAUUAAAG